AUAUAUGACAGCUUGGCUUUGUCUUGUAUUUCAGUAUUUGGAUGUGUUUUUGUCAAAAACCUAAAAAUAUUCUUAACUAUUCGCACCCUUAAAGCUAAUAAAUGAUAAUUUCACCGAUAGUCUGCUGAAUAAAGUGUUUAGCACUGCAUUGGUUGUACGAAACCACACAAUAAGAUGGAGGAUGGCAUGGACAUAGAGGAACAUGAUCUGUUGAACAACCCUACUGUGAUGAGUGUGUUUUCAGAUCUUGCCGUUCUCAAACAAGAAAUAAUUGAUUUUGAUACAAAUGAAGGUGUAGCACCAGAAACAUUUACAACCCUGGAAGUACCAAAGAGAAAUAAAUACAAAAAUCAACUACACAAUUUAACGGUCUACAGUAGGGAUCAUCCUACCGAGUGCUCCACUCAAGACCUGGAUGUGAAACCUGACCACCUGUGUACUGACAUGGAUGACAAAAUAACUGUCAAGCGCAACAGUUUGACAGAAUUUCAUGAAAUUGAAACUGAAAUCAAGAAGGAAUCAGAGAAUGUUGUACCAAAUGAAUUGCCAUUUUACAGGAACAGAAUUAUACUAGGCAAGAUACAAGUAGAUGAGUCUGACGAAGAACGAGAAACUGAUGCACCAGGUGACUGUAAUAAUGUUGAAAACAACAAAACAAACAAUGAUCAAGAUUUGGCAGUGUCAAUAUACACUGAUGAAAAUAGAAGCAUGAGGAUAACUAAACAGAAUUAUGAAAAAAUUGAAAAAUGUUUGCGAGCUAAAAUUAUUUUAACAAACUGUUAUACAACUCUAUUGAACAACAACUGUUACUGUGCUCAGUGUGCAGUGUUGUUCCCCACCACUGAAGCGUAUAGUGAACAUUACACGAGCACACACACCGAGACCACUCACUCAACUAAAGCCUCGGCUUCUCUUGUGAAACGUAAACAAAUCAUAUACCCACGUGAGAAAGCAUUUGUGUGUGACACCUGCACGAAAACAUUCAGCAAAAAAACCAGCUUGAUAAAGCACAUUUUAAUUCACACUGGCGAAAAGCCAUUCGGGUGUGACAUUUGCAUGAAAACAUUUAACCAAAGAUUUAAUUUGAAGAUCCACAAGUUAGUUCACACUGGCGAAAAGCCGUUCGAGUGUGACAUUUGCAAGAAAACAUUUAAAAGAAUAAGUAAUUUGAAGGCACACAAGUUAAUUCACACUGGCGAAAAACCAUUCGAAUGUGACAUUUGCACGAAAACAUUUACCCAAAGAUUUCAUUUGAAAACCCACAAGUUAGUUCACACUGGCGAAAAGCCGUUCGAGUGUGACAUUUGCAAGAAAACAUUUAAAAGAAUAAGUUAUUUGAAGGCACACAAGUUAAUUCACACUGGCGAAAAAUCUUUCGAUUGUGACAUUUGCACGAAAAUAUUUACCCGAAGAAGUAAUUUAAAGAGCCACAGGUUACUUCACACUGGAGAAAAGCCGUUCCAGUGUGACAUUUGCACUAAAACAUUUGCACAAAAAAAUCAUUUGAAGCACCACAAGUUCGUUCACACUGGUGAAAAGCCAUUCGAGUGUGACAUUUGCAAGAAAACAUUUAAAAAUAUAAGAAAUUUAAAGGCACACAAGUUACUUCACUCUGGCGUAAAGCCAUUCCAUUGUGACAUUUGCAAGAACAUAUUUAGGCGAUGGUCCACAUUGAAAUCUCACAAAUUACUACACACUGGCGAAAAGCCAUUCCAGUGUGACACUUGCCCGAAAUCUUUUAACCGAAGAGAUACUCUUAAGAAGCAUAAGUUACUUCACACUGCAGCACAGCCAUAUGAUUCUGAUGCGUCGGAAAAAAUGAGAAAUCCGGGAAACAUGAGGAAACAUAGUACAAGACACGGCGUGAAACAGCGGGAUGUCAGUGAGUGUCAGUGGGGCGCGCUGCGGGCGAGGGCUCGGCCUCCGCCUGUCCCCUCACUGCAGGCAGCGCCGGCGACGCACAGGCCGCGUUGUCGACACGCUCUCCUACACCCACAUACAAGCGACUCCACCUACACUAACCACCUCAGUUGCAAUUCUGACAUCGGCGCGGACGGUCGCUUUCUAGCGGCGCCGUCUGUAGCCGUCACGUGUGACUCACUACUGAGUGACCCGGCUGCUCAAGGACAGCGUCCUGUUGUACACCGAGAUGCCUGAAAUCCCGGCUCAAUUGGAAGCCUUGGAACAGUAUAAAAUGUCAUUAAUCGCUAGGUUAAAAAAUCUAAAUGGUUCUUUAUUUUUAAUAAACAUUAUUAUGGCAUAA